UCUAAGUUGUAGACAAUCUCAGUCAUCUCAGUUUUCUUCAAUCCGGGACGUUAAAGCUGAGAAAUAUUUUCGUGUCUUGUUAUGAUUGUAUAAGUGUUACUAUUGAUAAAACCUCUAUCAGUACGUGUUUUCACGAUUUAUGAUAAGGUUGAAAUCAUAAUAAGUUCAAAUGGUUGGAAAGUAUUUGUUAAUUUCUGCAUAUCUCGGAUUUGCUACAUCUUCAUUAAAUGUCACAUCGGGACCAUCCGUAGAUGGUGUGCCCCAUUUGGACCUAGCUAGUUUAGAAAGUGGUUAUCAUGGGUUGGUCAAGGAAAAUGAAACACUUGUAGAAGUCACACCACGCAUUAAGGCAGUUGGCGGGGAGAUAUGCAGUUUCCGAAUUGUCAACAAACACCAUGGAGAAGCACCGUUUGAGAUUGUAUUAAAGCCAGGAGGAGAAGCUGAGCUGCGGGCUCGAAAGGCUCUUAACUGUGAAAAAAGAAAGAACUACAAAUUUGACAUUGCAGCUGUCAGUUGUACUGGUGAAGUCUCAGACAAUGCUACAGUUCACAUCUCCGUGGUUGACAUCAAUGAGUAUGCACCAACAUUUUUGGACCCAUCAUAUGUAUGUCAAGUGGAUGAGGGGCGGUUGUAUGAAGAAAUUGUGCGUGUCGAGGCCACUGAUCGAGACUGCACACCCAAAUAUGGAGAUGUGUGUAAAUAUGAAAUUCUGACCAGUGACCAGCCUUUUACAAUUGAUAAUGAAGGUGCUAUUCGUAACACAGAACCUCUUGACUAUGAAAGGAGUCAUAAUCACAUUCUGUCAGUGGUUGCAUAUGAUUGUGGUAUGAAGCAGUCUGUCCCUGUCAUGGUCACUAUCAAAGUGAAUCGUAUCUGCAAACUUGGCUGGAAAGGUAUCCCAGAAAGGAUUGACUAUGCCCCAGGAACAGGCAGAGAAGAUCUGUUUCCAGAUGCUGAAUUGGAACUGUGUGAUGUCCCCUGCAGUGUUCACAAUGUGGAGACAAAAUUGAACUUGGCAACCUCUCACAUCGGCAAGGGUUGUGAUAGGGACACGUACUCAGUACAGAGUCAGCGCAAGCUUUGUGGAGCCAGUAUGGAUAGUGUAGAUCUGCUCCCCAGUCCUGGUAUUGGUUCUGAGUGGACCAAGUCUCUUCCUACUGACGAGGGCCGUGAGUCAGACCAAAUUUUUGAAUUUGAUGGUGCUAGCUCAGCUGUUGCUAUUCCAUCUGAUGUGCUGGAUCACAGUCUUGCAUCAGUAUUCACAAUUGCAACAUGGAUGAAACACAAGCAACACCCUGACCAGGACAAACAUGUCAAAGAACACAUCAUUUGUUCUGCUGAUGACCACAAGAUGAAUCGACACCACUAUGCAUUGUUUGUACGCAACUGUAGGCUGAUUCUUCUGUUGAGACGCGACUUUUCAGAAGGUGAUCUGAACAUCUUCCGUCCAGCAGAGUGGAGGUGGAAACUACCUCAGGUUUGUGACAAUGAAUGGCAUCACUAUGCAGUGUCAGUGAAGUUCCCUGACAUCUCACUUUAUGUUGAUGGUCAGCUAUUUAAGGCUGAGAAGAAAAACCCUGAAAUUAUUGAUGACUGGCCUCUGCAUCCUACAAAGGGCAUUAACACUACAGUUACUGUUGGAGCUUGCUGGCAGGGAUCUGACAACAAGAUGAAACAUCAUUUCCGUGGCUACCUUGCUGGCCUGUCUGUUCUGCUUCACAAGAAUGAGAAACCUGAGGUGCUGAGCUGUUUACACAAAUGCAAAGAAAGUCUGGAAGUUCCAGCUAUGGAACUACUUGAACCUGGCAUGGAGCUCCUAACGAACAGUGACCUGACUGAACUCAGCAUUGAGGGUGACAACAAAACAAAUUUGGUGAUCCUGGUAAGGAAAGUUGGCUACACGAAUACCCGUCAAUUUCCAACACCUGGCAGGCGUAAUUUGCAUCUGUCAACAACUGUCACGUGUGAGCGUGGUCGGCCUGUGAAAGUACCUAGUGUAGAGAGUUAUGUUAUGGUGCUUCAGCCCCAGCAACCUAGUAUUGAUAUCAAUGGAACAGGCAAUGUGGCACGUGAAUAUGAAGAUUUCAGGCUUGGAGUCCGGGUUUUCACAGAUGUACACAUUACUGUUGGUCAGGUCAAGGGCCAGAAGCAGUGGAAACAUGGAGAGCCAGUGAGUGUCAUUGAGAAACAGUUGGAUUCCUGCACUGUUUCUGUGUAUCCUCCACUGAAUCCUGAUCAUGAGACAGUGACUCUGCCUGAAAACAUGCUGACUCAGUUUGGAAUUGUUGCUAAAGUUAACAAGGAUGGUGUUGUUGUUUCUGGAGCUGACAUGAUCUACAAUUAUGAACAGGUGUUGCGUCAAAUUCAGUACACCAACAGGAAACCUGCUUAUUAUCUGAACCGUGUAUUCAAGCUUGCAUGUUCAGAAUUGAAUGGCAGAUUCAUGAGCAAUGAAUAUGUACAAACACUAACAGUGAUCCACCCAAGAUUACCAGCAAGUAAAAGCCUGAACUCAAAGUCGUCCAGUCCUCCAGCAUCCUUGGACCAACAUAGUGACAAGAAGGCAGCUGAAUCAAGUCACCAUGGCGGUGGAGCUGCAGCUGUAGAAUCAGCACAGAUGCAGGCACAGCCGGCUCAUGUACAUAUGGACAGGCAUCAUGCUGAACUGAGACCAGCUCAGACCAUCAGUGAUGUGUACAUGGCAACAAAUAUGGAUUCCACACAAGCUGCAGUUGCAGGUGGAAGUCAUGCUGUAACAAUCAUCAUUGUGGUGUGUGUCGGGUUCUUGCUCUUCAUGAUAGUCCUUGGGGUGAUUCGUAUCCGAGCUGCACACCACCGCGCUGCACAGGAAGAGAUUGCCGAUACAGAAAUGGCCUGGGAUGAUUCUGCUCUUACCAUCACAGUGAAUCCAAUGGAGCAGUUGGAUGGGUCUGCUGGACAGACUGGAGGUCGAACAAGUGGUGGCAAUCAUCCAGGCAGUGGUAACACUGCUGGUGGUGGUGAUGGUGCUGGUGGUGAUGAUGAUGACUCAUCAGAUGAUGGUUCAAGUUAUCGUGAUGACGACUUGGACUCUUCAGAUGAGGAUGAAGAAGAAGAAGGUGCCGAAGGAGGAAAGGUUAAGGAUCUUGAGUGGGAUAAUUCAACACUUACCAUCUAGAGGGGCAGAAUUCAGAGUGGAAUAUGAGUACUGCCUGCUGAUAUAAAUGGUCUGCCCCAUGUCUGGAUGAAGCAUCCAAUAUAACUCAACUUUACUGCGAGGUUUGUCUAAUAAACACGUAGAUACACCUAAGAAAAAGUUGGGUUCAAUGCCAUACAAGAAAUAAACACAAUAUUCUUUCUUACAGAAGUAAGCUUCUGCCCACAUUUAUAGUUUGGCAAGUCAUCAGUCAUAAUGUAUUUAAAUUUGUUUCUUACCAGUCACAGAGCACCACAAUUAUGCAGCCCUACUGUAGGUAGUGUGAUCAUAUAAAAUUGUAAUUUUGAAGAUGUAUGAAACUUUUAUAUCAAGAUUGUUUCAGUUGAGUAUGAAUCAUUUGAACAUUGAUUUUGUAAUUGGUGUCCUGUCCAGUUGUAGUUUUCUUUAGCCACAGUGGUUAUGAGUAUUAUGAAAUUAGUACAAUAUGAAUUGGCAGUUACAUUAUUUUUUAGCAUCCUGACACUUUACUCUGAAUAUAAUAUUAGAGCAUCCUGUUGCAUUGAUAUCUCACUCACUCACCUUCGUCUUUAAUGCACCUUAAAAUUGUUCACUCACUCUCUUAAUUUGAAAUUGUAUUAAAAUCACAUAAAUUGCUACAUGUUUUGGCCCUACUUGGCCAUCUUCAGGCAGUUGUUCACUUUUUGAAAACUGUUGCACUACACUAGAUCAUAAGUCAAUAUAUUUCCAUGCUGUUGCAUGUCGUUAUUCACACUAAAACGUGUUUGUUUGAGAAUAAAACUCUCUCCCCAUUCCACGUUAUUUUCCUUUUGUGGCUCCCAUGUUUGUGCCCCCUUCAUAUGUAUGUACUCACUAGUUGGGUGUAUGUCCCAUGAACAGUUUCCUGAAGAUGGCCAAGUAGGGCCGAAACAUGUAGCAAUUGAUGUGAUUGUAAUGAUAUUGAAGAGAGAUUAUGAACAGUUUUAAGUUGUAUUAAAGACAGGGGUGAGUGAAUAAGUGACUUUACUUUGAACCAACAUUCACUGUUUUGUGUUUCUUGCCAUACAGCUAGAAGUAGUUUCAUUGCAUUAUUGCUGUGUAUGAAUAUAGGGGGAAAAUCCAGGGUUUAUUCAUUUAAAUUAGGUAAAAUACCUAUAAUAUAUAUUUUUUUAUCUGUAAUUUUACUUUGUUAGUCCAGUUGUGUAGAGAAUGGCCUUCAUAGGUUACUGUGCGUGCAAUGCAUUUAACAGUGUAAUGUAAAAAUUGAAAAUUUGUUGUUUCCCUAUAAAAAUGAAAUCUUAAAUAAUUUUCCUUAAUUAUAUUAGCAGGAUAUGAACUUGUGUUUCAUGCUUAUUUCAUCUUGUCUCAAUAGAAUUAUUUUAUCUUACAUUUUAAUGAACCUAUAAUAGAAAUCAGCAUGGCUGUCUUCUGCCUUUUGCACAAAUCCUAAUUUAUAUUACAGUUUGUAAUACCUGUGUCACAUCCCAUUUUUCCUGUAUAUGUGGUAUUAUCCACAGCUGUAUCUUCUGGAAAGCAUUGUGUUCACCUUGUUUAAGCUUGGAAAGAGGGUCCAACUGGAGAGGACAUACUUAGUGCCAUAAGCCAUUAAUGAAUACAGUUAAGUGUGUUCGAUGAGGGGUACCAAAUUUAUUCUUCCUCUGCAGUCUGUAUGUUAUCGUAAUAUAAUUAAGUAAUUAAGGAAUGUGGCAACUGUUCUGUAUAAAUUACAGCCAAUGAUGUAACAUAAAAUACACCAUCACUGAUGCCUAACUUUUUAAGAGCAUGCAGCAUUUAAAAUGAUUUCUGUUUUAUUGCAUGGCAGCUUCAGUGAAUCUUUGUGUUUUAUGUUUUACUGAAAAGCAAUUCAUAAAUGGCAGGUUGAAAUAAGAUUUGACCAAUCUGUUGUGAAUGUUAUUUUGAUAGCUGUGUAUAUUUUUAAUUAAUGGAAACACGUUGGUCAAAGUAAGCACUACUUAUUCUUUACACAUAGGGUAUACCUAGUAACCUUGAAUUUGGAGGUACGUGGUGACUUUUUAUACUAUUAACUACUUUACAUGUAAUGGAAAUUAACUUCUAGAAGAUGAAGUACCAUAAAGGAUAUGAUUGUAAGGAUUGUUCAGUAUUCUGUAAUUUUAGACAUUGACACAAUUGACAGUAAGAAGCAACAUUCCAUCUUCAUUUGCUCAAAACUAUUUACUACUUUUUCCUUUGAAGUAUGUGGUCUCAGGAGGGGAACAAUUUUUUCCAGAGAUUCUACUUCUAGAAGUUAACACCUGGUACAAUGGUAGCUUCAGUUCUUUAUUUUCACAGAUAUUUAUUUUACUUUACCCAUAUUAAUUGUUAAAAGGUUAGUUAUAAGGUCCAGCUUCUUUUGGUGUGAGGUUAGCUGUGCAUUUUUUAACCACUUCGCAUAUGGUGUAAUGAAAUUGCAAGAGAAUCUCCUGUAAUUGGCUAAUGGCUGUACACAGAUGAAAUGAGAAGAAAUAGAUAUGUUUUGAAAUGUCACUACAAAAAAUCGAAAUAUGCAUAUCAUGUGUGAAAAGAUUAAAGUUAAUUUUUAAUUACAUUUCUAGUGUUUUCUUAAAAGCAAUAUUUAACAGUAUUUUUCAUGUUGGUUUUGAAGACUGGGAGAACGUUGUUUGACCACUGUAACCACACAUUUAUGUCUGUAAACUCUGCGUUUGAAUGCAAGAAAAGUAUAUAACAAUAGGGAAAAUGAGUUAAUUCGAAUGCUCCGGACACAACGUCAAAAGAGGCAAUUGUAGUAAUGAGCUUUUUUAAGUGAAAAUGUUUUAAACAUUUUUUCCCCACUUGCACUUGUGUGAAAAGCAAUUACAUAUAUAUAGUAAACUAAUCAACACAUGAUUGUCUCAUACAACAAAGUGUACACUUACACAUGCAAGCCACAUUUUAUAUGGUGUGGGACAGAUGAUAAUUGAAACUUAAUCAUGCUGUUGUAGUUAUGAAAAGUAUUACUGUAGUGAGGAGCUUUAUAACAUUUUUGUUAUAUUUUAGAAUGAUUUAGGCUUACAAGAAUUAACUAAUACAUUUAGGAUAAGUAUAAAAAUAAACAUUGAAACAGUGCACACUCAAAAACACAGAAAUAAAAAAAUAUUAAUGGAAAUUUAAACAAACACAUAGGGUUUUAUUAUUAGAAUAAAAAUAUGCCACAUUAAAAAAUACAAAUAUUUCUUAUCUUUACUACUUCUGGCUUAAUGAUUUGUGGAUGAAGGUAGUUAGCAAGUUGUCCAUGAAUCUGUUGCAAGAAUGGUGUGAAUGGUUGUCACUGUGUAAGAUACUAGUAUUAAGAAAUAGUUUUAUAGAUGGACAUCGUGCUUGCAACAGAUAUAUGAGAACUAGCAGCAAACUUUUGGUUGCAGUUUUUUAAUACUUUAGGAAAUUGCUUCAUGCUGAUGAAUUUCCAGGGUCUAAUCCAUAAAAAAUGUCGUGAAAUGAAAGUCUAGAUUUAUCUGUUAAGUUGUAAUUUAUCUCAGAAGUUGGGCCAUAUUGAAUUGGAAGCGUGUGAUAUUGAUCAUCAUUAUAAGUCCCUGAAAUUUUUUUGCAGAAAUAAUAUUCAUUAACAUGAUAAAGAAUACCUUAGAAUUAAUUAGGAUUUCAUGAUGUUUGAUCCACAGUUUUUAACUCAUGGGAUGGUGCAUCUAAAACAUUUGACCCCCAGUUUUAACCCAAAGAAUUAUCACUGAAAGGAACAUUUUAUCCACUAACCUAUUUGUCAUUUUGCUGUUUUUGAAUUAUUAAUUUUUAUACGAGAGAUAAUUGUAGCAUUACUUAUUUCCAGUUCAGUUCUUACAGUUUGGCCUAAUAUAUGUGCACAUUAUAGAAAGAACUAGAAGACAAACUUAUGUCCCCAUGCUCAGGGAUAGUAAUACUAAAUCUGUUGUCUGCAAAUGUUGAGUUGUCCUAUGAUACUUCAGCUCCUGUGACUCCUUCACCUGUCUUCCUGCUUCUACCUCCAUUGUGAAAUUAAGGUUGAUGCUUUCCUGUCAUCUUUUGAAAACAGUUAUGCCAGCUGAGAUUAUUGGUUCUUGGCUGUCCACUUUAAGCUGCAUGAAACUGGUUCCACUUUUCUUGUGGGUACCUGGGUGUUGUAUACGUUGUACCCCUUAUGGUUCUACCUUGGAUAUGUUUUCUUCCUGUAGUUUGCCAAGACAGGCAGACCUUCAGGUAAGUUUCCCAAAGUUAAUUUCACAUUGUGGAACAAUUGCUGAACUUUCAGGGAAUGUGCUCCUUGUCUCAGUUCUUUGCUAUUAGGAUUUUCCAAUUAAAGUUUUUUCCUCAGUGUAAAAGGGUGACAUUUCAGGGUGUUCAACUGUCUGUCUCUUCAUCUAGUUAAGUACUUCAGUAUAUGUUCUUUUGUUUUGGUCGGGAUAAUGGUUGUUCUUUAGUAGAUAUUAACUUCCAAGGGUUUGUCUCUUGUUAUAGCAGUUUCACUUCAGUUCUGUUUGUUUACAUAAUUCCAGUAUGUUACCUGACUUUGUUGAUGCCACUUACAAAACAUGAAUCUAUUGUCCACUAAAAUACCUCCUCCUCGCUUGCUCUUAAUGAAAUAUGGCACCAUUCAUGUGGUUAAACUAAGAAUUUACAAGGAAAAUAUGGAGACUGCCAAGAAUUUAUAAACAAUAUAUUUUUGUUACUAGUAAAUGAAAAAAUUUAAAGAAGUAAUGCAUGCAGUAACCAAGUGAAAGAAGGUGGUACUUGAGGUGAAAAAUCUCUUUGGGUCAAACAUCUCUUGGGUUAAGAACUGUGAUGAAAGGUCUCAUGGGAUAAAACUGGUACAGAUGUCCCUAAUACCUUACUAAAUGCUAGCACAAGGUAGUGCGGUACCAAGGAAUAAACAGCUAUCAGCAAAACAUUUUUAAAAGUGGAUAAAUGUUAAGUGAAAAUGUUUCCCCAUAUUUUGUUGUUUCAGAACAUUCCAUUUAUUUUGGUAGGUUCUGUAGGGGAAAAUUUCCAGACCGAGUAUAAGUUAGUGUUUUGUAUACAAAGUUCUGAUGACCAAAUUGGCAUCUAGGCAUUUUUUUUUUCAAUAUUUUAAAGAUGGACCUAACAGUGAGCAUCAUAUAGGGCUGAUUUAAACAUUUUGGUAUAUAUUUUUCAUCUCACUCUUAUUUGAUGUUGAUUCUUCACCAACUGAUCCACAGUUUUCUUCACUGUUCCUUCAACGAAAGAGCAGUUGAAUUUGAUGGUUAAAUGAUUUGUUUUUGACAUUUCCUACACAUAUGUACUGUAUAAAUAGUUAGAAAUUUAGAGAGGUGAAUGUGAAAAAGUUAGAUGCUAGAUCAGUCUUGUUUCACCUUCUCUGUUGAAAUGUAAUAACAAAGCUAGAUAACUAAGACACUUCUUACAUCAAAUAUUCAUGCAGGGUUUGGUUCAUAUGCAGGUUUUUAAAAUUUCAUGUGUGUAAGUAUUAAUAAGGAAGGAUCUGGUUUCAACAGGAGGAGGUGAUGCUCUAGACACCUCAGUAACUUAUUCAGUGUUGUACUUAAUUCACUGGUAGCCUUGGAGUUCUUCAUUUUGAACAAGAAUAAAUAUACAUUAUUAAAAGAAAAGAAAGAAAUCCUUGGGUUGUGUUAAAAGGAAGAACUCAGGAAUAUGAAUGAUAGGUUUCAAAGAGGAUGCUACAAGUUGGCUUCUGAAAUAAAAUAAAUGGUGGUCAACAAUGAAAGGAUUUUUCCUGACCUGAUUUGCUAUAAAAGUGAACCUUUUUGUCUGUCAAGAAAAAAUGGGGGUGUAGGUUGUACAUCAUUUCUGUCUUUGUCGUGUUAACUGUGGGAUGUUCACCCAAAGCUGGAGUAACUAAUAAUUGAAGCAGCUGUGUUACAUAUUAGAUGGUGUGAAGAAGUAUAUUGCUAUGGUAUUUGAUCCAUAUUAUGCAGCAAGCACAAGUAAUUUGUACAGUAUGUGGAUAAGAACAAUUUAAUGUUGUCAUUUUUCUGUCCUUGGAAUAAUAUAAAUAUGUACCACAAAGUUGUUUUUCAAAUAAAGCCCUACACCCAAAACAGAAACAUA